CAGAAGGAACUUAUGAAGGGAGUGAAUGAAAAAGACAAACUUUAGAUCAGAGCUCAGUGGACAGCUUGGCUACAAGUGAGGAUUUCAAAUGGAGUCAGCAGUUUCACAAAUUCUUCGAACUGCAGAACCACUAACCAGCUUCACCACUGUCCUAAAUGAAACCACAGAAGCAAACACGACUCAAGCUGAAACAAAGGCUUCCUGUGAAUUUUCAAAGAUCCCCUCCCACCCCGUUUUCAUAAUUGCAUACUCACUACUGUUUCUUGUCAGCCUGGGGCUUAACUGCAUCACAAUGCGGGUGUAUUUCUGCACCAAUCAGCGUGUCCGGUCCAGCGUAACAGUCUACAUGAAGAACCUGGCUGCAGCUGACUUCUUCCUUUGCCUUUGUUUGCCUUUGCGUAUUGCUAAGUAUGCUAACAGUUCAGAUGUACUGCGUGAUAUUUACUGCAGCUUUGGAGCAACAGCAUUCUAUAUAAACAUGUAUGCAAGCAUUCUCUUCAUGGACUUUAUUGCUGCAAACAGGUACCUGAAGAUUGUCCGGCCAUUGGAAACUCAUGCUCUGCAGACGGUUCGUACCGCUCGACACAUUUCCAUAGGAACUUGGGUGUUCCUGUUAGCCACAUCUUCCAUCUACUUGAUCCUCUUUCUCCUGACCUCUUGGGGUCAUGUUCCCAAGUCUGAGAAUAGUGGCUGUGAGGCCUUACACAGUCCCCAGCUCAGUGUGGUCUACAAAAUCAUGCACAGUCUGUCUGCGGUGCUCUUCACUUUUGUGCUGGUGUCUCUGAUUGUUAUGUACUGGGGGACUUUGCAAAAGAUCAAACAGGCUCAGUUGUCCACAAAGAUCACAUCCAGAAGACAUAAAUUCAUGAAAUCGAAGCGUAACAUGCUGGUGCUCGUGGUGGUUUUUUGUGUGUGCUUUGUACCCUACCAUUUGGUUAGGCUGCCUUACACAUUCAUCAAACCUCAGAUGAAACUCUGCUCAGUGCAGGCCAUCUAUGUCCUGAAGGAGCUGACCGUCCUGCUAUCGGUGCUCAAUGCUUGUCUGGAUCCUCUUAUAUACUUUAUCUUUUGCAAGGCAUUCAGAGCUCAGCUAAGCCUCAGGAAGAUGUCAGAUUCUCCAAGACACAGCGACGAUAAAAGUCAGCCAAGAAGAAUGAACAACAUGAUGAGCUACAUUGAGACAAAGCUAUCCACAUUACGACAUGAAAGUGUCAUUUAAUACAGAAAUUCCCUGGAGGGAUUUAAAUUUGUCUUAAUAACAAUGAAACAAACUGUGAGAUGUCAAUGAUGGCUCAUUAAAUCUAACAUAGUGUAAUAUAUUAAUUCAUUAGAUUUAUUCCUUUUUCUCACGCAACAUUUUUAAUUUCUGUUUUUGUUUUCACUUGAUUACAGCAAGCCGAUAUUAUGACAUGUUUUAAUUGACCACCAAACCAGAAACUGCAAUUGUGGAUAUGCUUUCAUAAGUUAUAGUGCAAUAUUAUAAUAUAUGAAAAAACAUAAAACAAAUAUUGUUAAUGUGUGUACAUACUGUUAAAAAAUAUUUUUUUAAAGAAAUGCAAUUUUAAACAGCAAAGAUGCAUUAAACUGAUCAAAGGUCACAGUAAAAACAUUAUGAUGUUACAGAAUAUUUCUGUUGCAAAUAAAUGCUGUUCAUUGGAACUUUCUAUUCAACAAACUUAA